AUGUCAAAAGGAGCUAGAGAAGGCUUCGUUGUGAAGUUUGUAGAAGUCAAUGGACGAAAGACGGACCUUGCUGUCAAGGCCUAUGAGGUGAGUGUCAUGUUGAUAAUGAUGCCAGUGACACUAUUACUGUAGUGUUCAUGACUAGGCUAACCACUAACAUUUUACAGUAACGUUACAAUGAUCAUGCUAUUUGAAUAUUGUCUGUCCAGCUGUGUCAGUGUGUUAGGCCCUUCAGGAAGAUAUACACUGCUCAAAAAAAUAAAGGGAACACUAAAAUAACACAUCCUAGAUCUGAAUGAAUGAAAUAAUCUUAUUAAAUACUUUUUUCUUUACAUAGUUGAAUGUGCUGACAACAAAAUCACACAAAAAUGAUCAAUGGAAAUCAAAUGUAUCAACCCAUGGAGGUCUGGAUUUGGAGUCACCCUCAAAAUUAAAGUGGAAAACCACACUACAGGCUGAUCCAACUUUGAUGUAAUGUCAUUAAAACAAGUCAAAAUGAGGCUCAGUAGUGUGUGUGGCCUCCACAUGCCUGUAUGACCUCCCUACAACGCCUGGGCAUGCUCCUGAUGAAGUGGCGGAUGGUCUCCUGAGGGAUCUCCUCCCAGACCUGGACUAAAGCAUCCGCCAACUCCUGGACAGUCUGUGGUGCAAUGUGGCGUUGGUGGAUGGAGCGAGACAUGAUGUCCCAGAUGUGCUCAAUUGGAUUCAGGUCUGGGGAACGGGCGGGACAGUCCAUAGCAUCAAUGCCUUCCUCUUGCAGGAACUGCUGACACACUCCAGCCACAGGAGGUCUAGCAUUGUCUUGCAUUAGGAGGAACCCAAUAAGCACAACCCCCACCUGUGGACGUCGGGCCCUCAUACCACCCUCAUGGAGUCUGUUUCUGACCGUUUGAGCAGACACAUGCACAUUUGUGGCCUGCUGGAGGUCAUUUUGCAGGGCUCUGGCAGUGCUCCUCCUGCUCCUACUUGCACAAGGCAGAGGUAGCAGUCCUGCUGCUGGGUUGUUGCCCUCCUACGGCCUCCUCCACGUCUCCUGAUGUAUUACGUUUACAUUUACAUUAUUUAGCAGACGCUCUUAUCCAGAGCGACUUACAGGAGCAAUUAGGGUUAAGUGCCUUGCUCAAGGGCACAUCGACAGAUUUUUCCACCGUAGUCGGCUCGGGGAUGAAACCAGCGACCUUCAGUUACUGGCACACGCUCUUAACCACUAAGCUACCUGCCUCCUGGUAGCGCCUCCAUGCUCUGGACACUACGCUGACAGACACAGCAAACCUUCUUGCCACAGCUCGCAUUGAUGUGCCAUCCUGGAUGAGCUGCACUACCUGAGCCACUUGUGUGGGUUGUAGACUCCGUCUCAUGCUACCACUAGAGUGAAAGCACCGCCAGCAUUCAAAAGUGACCAAAACAUCAGCCAGGAUUGCAUAGGAACUGAGAAGUGGUCUGUGGUCACCACCUGCAGAACCACUUCUUUAUUGGGGGUGUCUUGCUAAUUGCCUAUAAUUUCCACCUGUUGUCUAUUCCAUUUGCACAACAGCAUGUGAAAUUUAUUGUCAAUCAGUGUUGCUUCCUAAGUGGACAGUUUGAUUUCACAGAAGUGUGAUUGACUUGGAGUUACAUUGUGUUGUUUAAGUGUUCCCUUUAUUUUUUUGAGCAGUGUAUUUUACCUAAACCGUCCCUGAACGCUUGAAAAAACAAAACAAGUGACCCUCCCCUACACCCAAAAUAAUUAAAACAUACAGUGGAUAGCAGAGAACAUGUCUACGGUUUACCCUCACUUCAUGGACAGACCAGGGCCCAGAUUCACAAAACCUUCUUAAGAAUACAUUUCUUCUUAACUGCCAUUUUUUCCUUAACUAUAGACUUAAGAAAAAGUUAACCAAAGUUGCUAUUCCUCAAAAAGGUUAUUGAACAUUUUCUUGGCUAUUUCUUAUGUUUCUCCUUAAGCAAAAAGUUAAGAAGAAAUUCGAUUCUUCAAAAUAGUUAUUGGAAAUGUUCUUAAUUCCAAGAUAGCCUUAGAAACUGUUCUUUGUCCUGUAAGCGUUAGGCUACAUGGCAAUGCAGGAAUUUUGAUAGCGCACAGGGCUGGUGGCCAGAAGGUUGUGGGUUCUCAGACCACCGUGGACAAGAGUAGGGGUGGAAAGAUCUCCUUUUAUAGUAAAUGCAUUGCAUGAAUCUAUCAUUGUAUUUGCAGGUCUGAGAAAAAAUUACCUUUUUAUAAACAUUUUAUGCAAUUCUAUGUCAUUUUACAUAUUAGCAGAAUGUAUUUUAAUUCCACACAAAUUACUGAAAUUACAGGCUAAGAAUGGACAGACAGAGAGGCCUAUGUGUUCAUCUUAUCAUAUUUCUCAAAUGCCAAAUCAGUGUGUCUUGUUUGCAAUGAAACUGUCCCUGUUUGCAAAUAAUUACAUCUGAGACAUCAUUAGGAAUCUGAGCAUGGUUCUUUCAAAAGUUAGGCCUACCUUUCCACCCCAGACAGAGUAGGCCUAACGAUGCAGAACAUUUUAAGCUUUAACUGCUGGCUACUCUUCUUCCAUGGCUUAACCCAAGGAAGAGAAGGUCACAAAUAUUUCCCUAAAAGCUGUCUGGGUUUAAACAUCUUCUAUUGUACAGAAAGUGAAUAGCUUAAUCAAAGAGUGCAUGGUGGGUGGACGAAUUGACAGGAAAUAGCAGCCUAUAAAUCAAAAAAAUUAAUUAUUGGUCACAUGCACAUAUUUAGCAGGUGUUAUUGCGGGUGUAGAGAAAUGCUUGUGUUCCUAGCUCCAACAGUGCAGUAGUAUCUAACAAUUUACAACAAUACACAAAUCUAAAAGUGAAAUAAUGGAAUUAAGAAAUAUAUAAAUAUUAGGACAAGCAAUGUCUGAGUGGCAUUGACUAAAAUACAGUAUAUACAUAUGAAAUGAGUAAAACAGUAUGUAAACAUUAUUAAAGUGACUAGUGUUCCAUUUAAGGUGACCAGUGAUUAAAUGUUAUAUGUACAUAGGGCAGCGGCCCUAUGUACAUAGACAGGGUUGAGUAACCGGGUGGUAGCUGGCUAGUGAUGGCUAUUUAACAGUCUGAUGGCCUUGAGAUAGAAGCUUUUUCAGUCUCUCGGUCCCAGCUUUGAUGCACCUGUACUGACCUCGCCUUCUGGAUGAUAGCGGGGUGAACAGGCCGUGGCUCGGGGGGUUGAUGUCCUUGAUGAUCUUUUUGGCCUUCCUGUGACAUCGGGUGCUGUAUGUUUCCUGGAGGGCAGGCAGUGUGCCCCUGGUGAUGCGUUGGGCAAACCGCACCACCCUCUGGAGAGCCCAGAGCUUAUAGCCUAAUUUAGUCUGUAGUUUAGCCUAAUUUGGUAGCAAGCUAUCAAAGUUGACCUCCGGUCCUCCUUCUCAUCUUCGUGCUCUCCUUCUCAAUACUGAACAGAACAUAGGCUAGUCUGCGCGCAAGAUUGUGCAUUUUUGGGACUAGGCAUAAUCAACAACCCCAAAAUCGAAAGAAGCAUUUUGAGUCUCCUGAACUGUCACCAUAGGCCUACAUAGCACAGCCAGCCGUUGGUUAGGCAGCACACAAAAACGUUUUUGAUCAGCAAGAGCAGGCCAGGGCUCAGGGUUGGAAUAUCCAUUGCAGUGUGUAAUGCAGCCUAGUUUUAUUUCCACCAUCCCAGCAGCUAUCUUAGAAAUAUAACUUUGCUCUGUGCUUCUCCGAGCAUGCACUUCGUAGCCCAUAGGCUAUGGAUUAGGGCUCUCUCCGACACCCCCCCCCCCCCCCCCCCCCCCAAAAAAGAAAAUUUGGUUGACCGAAAGUCGUCUGUUCUUUCGACCAAUCGAUUGGUUGACAUUUUCAAAUUUGUCCAUAUAUAGACACACCUUGUCUGUUUUAAUAAAAUCAACUAUAUAUGCAUUGAGCUUUUCUGAUGCUUUAAGCUCACAAAUGACUCAAGGAGGAGCCAGAGAUCAUGAACACCAGAAGAAAAUAAAAAAUUAACCUGUCCCAACCAUCCUCCUCCCGCUCCUACUGGCUUUCGCAGAUUCUGCAGUUACUCUCCUGAAGUUGCCAGUAAUAAGCUACACGAGGAGUCUGCAACCUUUCUCGUAUGCCAAUUUACAAUUUCUACCGAUCUGCGUGCCAGUUAUGGUUUUCAUAUGCACGUCUUCGUAUCUCAAAAUCAGUGUCAUGUGGUUAAUCAAAAUUCUAUCCAAAUCUAAAUGAAAAUGAUACAAACCUAAAAAGUAACUUCCAUUGCCAACUAUGUAAAAAUAGCCUACAUAAAGCAACAAAUAAAAUCAUUGCAGCCUGCAGGUAGAAAAUAUCCAGAUUUAAAUAAUAAAUAUCCUAUAAAUCACAUUGGCUACACAUGGCCUGUCUGCAACGAACUUGAAACAUUGUAUCAACUAUUAACUUGGGUCCAGCCUGAAGCUCCUUGCAACAUUGUAUAAAAUAUUCUGGGCCCUGAGUUUCCCGCAGAGCUGUUGGCUAUUUGGCAAGGGAUAAAAAGUAAUCAGGUAGGCAUGUUUUAUAAAGUUUCCACUGGAUCAGAGCAUGACAUUUUUCCCUUUCACGUUGAGUGGUUAUCGAAAGCGAGAGCGCUGGAAAUAUUUUUCGAAUACAUUGAGGAACUAUUGUAAUUCUCAAUGGAUGUAAAAACAGACUUUGUUUGCUUGCUGUUUGAGUUGAAGAAAACAUUACUUUGAGAAGCUCCACAGCUCAUUAGUGGUGGUGCAUUAAGCCAAUCAGAUCCCCAAAUGUGCACAUUUAUAAGCCUACAUUUGCGCGCAGGCCAGGUAGCCUAGGCCUACUUCUAUGCGUAAUCAGGUGCGCGUCCUUACUCAACAUUGACAGGAGAACUCCAAACAAAACACAAUGAAUAAAUUGACAACUCGUAAAUGGAAUGAAAUAAACCAAAACUUGUUUCUCAAGUGUAGCCUAGGUUGUGCACUCUGCAAACGUGUCCACUCUGACAAUGAGAACGGCAAAAGACUGGAAUAAUAAUAUAUUGAAUGCAUUAACAGACAUCACCGUAACCAAACAAGCAUUGUAGAUUAGAAAUUAAUGGUAAAUGUACUACGGGUGAUAUAUGUAAUGGGGAAUGGAUAUACACUAACAAUCAAACGCAAACAAUUCACAAAAUGAAUUUAUGAAACAAUGAAUGUGCACAAAUUGUGCAGCCACACUCCCCUUCUUCUUGGACUGUGCCAUCCCUACGGCCUCCGCAAUGGAUUAGUUCACUGAGAUGGGCGCGAAUUAGACAGGUGUCUCGUGUGCCAUACAAAAUAAAUAUAUAUAUUUGCUACUGCUCCACUAAAGAAAUCUUAGUCGACCAACAGCCUAUCGACCAAACAAUCGACAAGUGGAAUAAUUGGGGUCAGCCCUACUAUGGAUCAUUUGAUUGAGACCACACUAAAUAGCCUAUAGGCGAACUUGAUAUUGCGCUUAGUGGAGAAUCGGAGAUGAGGGGCAGAUUCAGGCACACAUUGAUAUAGCUUAAUAAGCAACUAAUUCUAAAACACUGAGAAAUAUUGAAAUGUCAUCAAUUACAAAUGACAUAACCCUACCCUGGACUAGAUUUUUUUUUAAAACAUGACUGGAAUUGAAAAAGCAUGACCCUCCCCCAUUUUCCUCCAGGUACCCAUUAUGUACAUUUCGAUCCAUCCCUUAUUGAAAUGCAUUAUCUCUCUCUUCACUAUGAAACAGGCCAUCAUGGAGCUCCAGUCUGAGAAGUACUUGAAGACCAUCGAUGAGGAGGAGGCAUUACAGCUGGACCACAAUGACAAGUCUUUGUUCGUCUUCAGUAGCUUCGCCACCCCAGCCUUCCACCACUGUAAAAAGGUCCGUCCCAAGAUGCACACAUUCCCAAACCUGGCUUCUACACAAUCCUCAUAAGUCACAACAUGUUAACAAUACUGUCAGCAUUCAGCAAUGAAGUGUACUGGAAACUGGGUUGUCUCUUUGUGUAGCUGGGCUGUCGAGUGGUGAGUCCACUAGUGGUGCUCUUCUGCCUGCAGCAGCAGCGCUGUGUGCCCAAAGCAGAGGAGCCCGUCUACAACAUGGCCAUGGCUGAUGUCACCAUCUCCUGCACCAGUCUGGACAAGGUGGCUAGGGUAAGUCAAUUGCUGUCCGCUCUACUUUGCUUGACUCAGCAACAAUGACGCCAAGUGUUUUUCACGCCAAUGAUCCACAUCAACAGCCUUACAGGGGAACUCUUGACAAUAGAACCAGAGUGUAAUUUUACACUGAGCGGUGUGAGUCUCUCGCUGAGUCGUGCUGCUUAAGCCCAGGUUACAUUGAAAUGAUUGGGAGCUUCUCACGCCCGGCAAAAGUUAAGUGUCCAGUGUAGCAGGCCUGUUAGUGACUGACUGUCUGUCUACCUUCAGGCUAAUGUGAUGGAUCUGGUGCAGCUGAUGGGAGGGAGGGUCUACCGGGACCUCAACAUGUCAGUCACUCACCUGGUCGCCGGGGAGGUUGGCAGCAAGAAGUACCUGGUGGCUGCUAGCCUGGGGAAGCCCAUCUUACUGCCCACCUGGGUCACAACCUGCUGGGAGAAAUCACAGGACAGGUAAUAGGGCUUUUUAUGCCUUUCCCAUUUUGCCAGACACUUAAUGAAAAGCUAUUUCUGUAAUCAACUGAGUAUACAAAACAUUAAGAGCAUGACAUAGACAUAUAAUAUGCCAUUUAGCAGACGCUUUUAUCCAAAGCGACUUAGUCAUGUGUGCAUACAUUUUUACGUAUGGGUGGUCCCAGGGAUCGAACCCACUACCCUGGAAUUACAAGCGCCAUGCUCUACCAAUUGAGCUACAGAGGACAUAGACUGACCAGGUGAAUGUUAACUCCAAAUGAAACAACGACUAGGUUCCAGUUAACAAUGUUUACUUCACUGUAUCUCCACGAUACAUAGUUGCAAUUACACUCAGGACCGGUCCAACAGAGCCCUGUAAUAACAGAAGUAUAGGGACACUUUAAACAUGAACUUAAACAACCUGCCACUUUUCUUUCAAGACAAAUAAAACAUCAACAAAUAAUUACAUGUCCAAGUACUAUUCCCCAUUACAAAUGGGUCAUGGACAAUGUCACGUGACAUAAUUUUUUUUACUUUCCAUUACUGAGUGCCUUUAGGAGCACAAGUGCGGAUGCUCCUUUUUUAGUCAAGACAGUCAGCUUGCUGUUCCUUUGUGGCCGACCACAGAAUCCGCUGGAUUCUCUGAGCCUGAAUAUGUUCCUUGAUGCUGCUAACCUCAAGACGAAGUAUUUUCUCUGUGACAGUCUUGGGUGACUUGACAGCAUCAACUAGGGAGUAGUCGUCAGUGACACACACUGCAGGUACAAUGUGCCGAUUUGCCUCACCAGUGGUAAGCUCUGAGAACAGAGUUGCCAGAAAGAUGAAGUCAUCAACAUGACAGGCAAGUACUCCAGUCUUGAUCAAGCCAAUAGAAGACGGCAUUUUGAUAUUUUGCCACCUGUAUUCAGCAUUGUUGCCUUGACUUUGUUGUACCAGUAGAGUGAUGCAUCUGCGAGGCCUUACACACACUUUCUUAGUUUCCACAGUGUUCCUUGAGGAGCUUCAGGCAGAGGUUGGAUGUGAAUGUCCCAUGACAGCUCUGUUCCCUGCAGAAAUGCAGAUUUGAUGUCCAUGGAAUGAAGUUAAAUUUUUUUCUGGCAGAUCACUGUCAGCAGCAAUCUGAGUGAGUCUAGGAGGCUGAUUCUCAGCAACAGCCACUCCCAACUUUUUUAUCAUUUACUUUCCACAAUCUUGUGUGAUGCACCCGGACAAUGGUGCCUCCGUGCCUCACACAUAUCACCACACCAUCAUGGCCAAUGACGACUCCCGGUCCUUUCUACUCUUGACAGUCAACUCGUUUUGUAGUACACUUUGUUUCCAGGCUCGUGCUUUUCAUCUGUGGGUCGAAGCUGUUUACGCAGAGUCCUGCGAAUUCUCUCUGAACACUCUGCUUCAGUGAACGCUUUCCUCGCUGCUUGUAGUGCUGAAAGGUGCUGUCCCACCCAUGCGCUCACACUGGUCCCUUUUAGUGCUGGUGGCUUGUCAACUAGUACAGAGGGAAGAUAAGGGUUCUGCCCGAACAUUAGCUGGUAUGGGCUGUAGCCAUGAACAUUGUGCAUUGAGUUCUUUGCCAUCAGCGCCCAAUCUAGGGCUGUUUUCCAGUCACAUCCAUUGUCUUGCUUGACUUUCAGCAUGAUCUCUGUGAGUGUUUUGAUUGUAUCUCCAGAAGCCCAUUGCUCCAUGGAUUGGAUGCAGCAGUUCUUUACUUCCAUGUUGAAUUUCUCUUAUUUAAUUAUUAUUGAAUUCUCCUCCAUUGUCACUGUACAAUUUCUGGGGCGGGCCAUGCAGACUUAUCAAGAAAUGAAUGAUGUGCUUGACAAUGUCACUGGGUUUCUUUGUAUUCACAAUGCUUCCAGCACUGAAGCGUGUGAAGUGGUCGAUUAUGUGAAGGUACCACACACUUGGUCCUAGCUCAUGUAGAUCUACAGCCACUGUUUCAUAGUACUUGGAAGCCAGUGGAAAACCAACAGCUGGGCUUAGUUUUGCUGUAUUUCUGGCAUGUCUCACAACUGCUCACUAUCUGCCGUAGAAUGUAAAUACUCUCAUCAUUAUUCCCAGAACUGCUGAGUAAUUUCUGAAGUCUGUCAACUGUAGAAUGUCCAAAUUGUUUGAAGUUUAAACAAUACUUUGUGUUUUUCCUCUGUGGUCAUGUUGUCUGUGACUGUCAGAAUCUCCAUGUGCUCUGUGUCUGUCAGAAUCUCAUUUUCACAUGGACUCUGUGUGAUGUCUUUGUCUAAAAUGUUUACACAAUAGAAGUCUGAGGUAGUAAGUUCAAGGGUCACUGGUUGUUUAAUCACUGCCUUGUCAUUUUCAAUGUCUAGUACAGCCUCUGCCUUCUUGAGGGAAGCCUUGCUUAAUAGUAAGAGGAUAUCUACAGGGACCACCUCUGUUUCAAUGUGACACUUAGUCUGACCAAGUUUUGCUGGUAUUAUGACUCUCUUGGUAGAGUGGACGACUCUCCCAUCUCCAAAUUUGAACGCUCUGUUGCUUGGCGUGUCAAUCAAAUGUUGUACUUCUUUCAUAUUUAGUACACUGGCAUAGCUAUCAAGACAUUUUGCACAACACACUGUGCGUGUACACGCAGUAUCAAUCACAACAGAUCCUAAGGAUUCAACUAUAAAGAUCUUAGAAGCAGAUUCAUUUGAAAACAGUGUAAUGUUACACUGCUCUAUCUCUGUGCUUACAUGUUCCUCUGUUAGUUUAACUUGUUUGUUUUAAUUAUGAUAGUCUUUAACCCAAUGGUAAGUGCUUUGGAAAAAUAGCACAUUUUGAUCUCCUUCCAUACCUGUCCAGUGGAUUUGUGCCAGGCAAUGGCACCCUCGUCUGGUUGUCUUGAGAACGUGACUUGUUGGCGCGUUUUCUCGGCUGCUCGGUGUAGUAAACCGCGUCACUUCAUUGACGCAAAAGUCAGCACAGUACAAGCAGUCUAAGCCAACUGUUUCACCCUACAAUUCACCCUAACAACUUGAAAGCUAACACUGCAUCCGGGAGAACCUUGUCGUACUUGCGCAUCCUAUUGUACCUCUGUUCAAAAUCAACUAUGUAGUCCGUCAUUGCAACCAAAAUGUCUCUAGUAACACUGUCAAAGUUUGAACAUGCCUUGUAGGCACGGCCUUUCUCUUCUUUAACAAACACAGAAUCCAGUGCUCUGAUCAAAGUUCCCAUACUGUCAUCCCUGUUCAAAUCCUUGGCGGAUAUUUCCUUUGCUGUAUCUCUCGCCCUCCCCUCGAGCGACAAUAACACCGCAAGUGCUUGCGUUUUCUCGUCCAGAUUAGUAACUUGUGUCCAGAUUCCAUGUUCAUUUUUCCAACUUUCAUACAACCUCGUCGACGCGAGGCGGCACAUUGUAGUUAUUAGCCCAUCCUCUGCUACCAAUGUUAACUCCAAAUGACACAACGACUAGGUUCCAGUAUAACAACGUUUACUUCACCGAAUCGCCACGGUACAUAGUUGCCGUUACACUCCGACCCGGUUCAACAGAGAGGGAAACUUCUGCACAGGCACACUAAUAAGAGUGAGAGAUACUUAGAACAUGAAUUUAACAAUGAAUCCAGGUGAAAGCCAUGAUCCCUUAUGGAUGUUAAAUCCACUUCAAUCAGUGUAGAUGAAGGGGAGGAGACAGGUUAAAGAAGGAUUUCUAAGCCUUGAGACAAUUGAGACAUGGAUUGUGUAUUUGUGCCGUUCAGAGAGGAAAUGGGCAAGACAAAAUAUUGAAGUGCCUUUGAAAAGGGUAUGGUAGUAGGUUCCAGUAGUUUUUUUUUCACGCUCAACAGUUUCCCAUUUCUAACCAGAAAGGAAGAGAGACUGUAGAUUCUUCAAACAACAACCUUUUAUUAUAAGAAUUGCAAUUGUGGAGGGGUUAACAAUCACUCAAAAGUUGCAGAGUUAAGAGCCCAACGAGUUGGGUCUCCGCUUUUAUAACCUUUGUCUACGUGGCAGUUUAGCAGGUGUGUGAGAUCAUGAUGGGAACAUAAGGUACAAACAAGUGAUAACGCUAGUUUUGUUACGAUCUAGCUGCUGCUGCUCAAUAUUAGGAAGGUGUUCCAUUCUUUAACCUGUCUCCUCCCCUUCAUCUACACUGAUUGAAGUGGAUUUAACAGGUGACAUCAAUAAGGAAUCAUAGCUUUCACCUGGUCAGUCUAUGUCCUGGAAAGAGCAUGUUCCUAAUGUUUUGUACACUCAGUGUAGAUGCUCCAUGUAGCUGUACUUGUAUUUUAGACAUGUUAACUGACCAUAAAUGAAACCCUUCUCUUCAUCCCCCUAUCCCUGUCUCUCCUUCCCCCUCAGCCUGUUCAGACACACUGAACUGCCCAUAGAGGACUAUGUGUGCCCUGUGCUCCUCGGCUGCACCAUCUGUGUCACAGGCCUCUCCACGGUGGAGCGUAAGGAGGUGCAGAGGCUCUGCCAGCAGCACGGUGCCAGCUACACAGGACAGCUCAAGAUGAACGAGUGCACCCACCUCAUCGUCAGCAAGCCCUCGGGUCGGUCAAACUUACCAUACCUUUAUUGUCCAACUUAGUUAUCGAAGUUAGUUAUCUGUCCCUCAUACCAUCAUGGCCACCUAAUAAUCACCAGCUUCCAAUUGGCUCAUUCAUCCCCCCUCCUCUGCCCUGAAACUAUUCCCCAGGUUGUUGCUGUAAAUGAGAAUAAACUACCUGGUAAAAUAAGUUUCAGAAUCAGGUCAGCGCACACCACAAAUACAAAACAAUUAAGAAGCGAUAAAUCCAGCUUCAGCAAAAUAAAUCACCAAGACAGUCUAUUACAUUUUCAUGAAAACAUGCUUCAGCCCUGUCCUUCUGAUGCCCUUUCAUGUAACAGAUUUAGGUUUUAGAGUUCCUGAGUCUCCCUUAUUCCCAAACAGUUUCCAUCAAUUUCACUUAUCCCUCUCUUUGUCUGUGCCUGCAGGUCAAAAGUACGAGUGUGCACAGAAGUGGAAUGUCUUCUGUGUAUCUCUGCACUGGCUGUUUGACAGCAUCGAGAAGGGCUUCUGCCAGGACGAGAGCCGCUACACCGUGGAGCGAGAACCUCAGAAGGCCGGCCGACCCCAUACCUCCACCCCCACCGUCACCAGCAAGAAGAAAGCGGGUAAGGCGCCAGGCUCAAGGUUUAUUGUUGCCGUUUUCAGCGUUAAUUCAGAAGUUCAUGACUCUUAGAAAUAGCCCCUGGUCAUGGUAAUGAUGGGAGGAUGUUGUCGUUUUCCUUCAGAGUCCCUGCUGGGGUUGAGCCACAUCUCUGUGAACACCAGCAUGACGGUGAAUGACACGGCCAUGACCAAUGCCACGGUCAGCCGUCUGGACACACCAGAUCCCAUUGACGCUCUGGACAUCACAGUCUGCCCCACAGAAGACCUGCUGGACGGCUGCAAGGUCAGUCGAAGUUUCUCUUAACACUUCAUCUUGAUAUGAGCCACUCGAUAUAGAUCCUGUAAUUCUCUAUUAGAGAAUAAUAAUCUUUAAAAAUGUUCUAUUUAACUCUGUGAGCCACUCUAUGGAAUAACUACAGGCUACUUUCCUCACUGAGGCCUUCAGUUGCCAGAGAGACUCAUGAUUGCUCUUAUAGAAAUGUGCUAAUCAGAAGUUCAGUUCACUUACAGACAACAUGACAUAGAGAGCCAUAUACCUUAUGGUUCCUUAUUCCUUACGGUUGCUUAUUGUGAAGCGUCUUUGGGUUUUAGAAAACACAAGUAGAAUUUCCCGUCUUCUCCUGUAGCUGCACCUGUGUGGUCUGCCAGGGAAGCGGAUGGAGAAGCUCAGUCGGCUGGUCAACAUGGCCGGGGGCCUGCGCUUAAACCAGCCCAGCGAGGACCUCACCCACGUGGUCAUGGGAGACCAAGACCAGGACACCAAGACCUUCCUGGCCAAAGCCACACACAGGUCAGUCAGGACCGUAGAACUGUCACAACAGCACACCUACAAGGGGACUGGCUGCUAUUAGACACUUACAGCCAUUGCCAUAUCCAUAGUGUAUUAUGCUUAGGUUAAUAAUGAUGAUAUAUUUAUUUUAUAUUGCACUUUUCAUUACAAGUAGAAUCUGUCGGUUAAAAAAAUUGUCAUUAGGCUUUGUCAUUAAACCGUUAUUCAUUCAAGUACUUAUAUUGAUGCAGAAAGGCAGUCCCUGUAGUUAGGAAAUUCGGAAUCCUCCCACCAGGAUUUCUAGAAAACCUGGGAAUUUGAGGAAAAUGACCGGAAUUUUGCAAGCCAACCUGUAGUCAAGGAGAAAAUAACCUAUAAAAAGUAACUUGUGCCUAUGUGUCAUCCCAUCUUUCUGAUCUCUCCUCCAGGCCUCAUGUGGUGACGGUGCAGUGGCUGCUGGACAGCUUCUCCAGAGGCAGCCUGCUCCCCGAGGGGGACUACCACCACCCGGCCUGUCUGCCUCCUGCCCCUGCAGCCAUGGCCAUGCUUGCCCCCCGCACCUCCGCCUCCCACCCCUCUUCCACCUCCUCAGCCGCUACCCCCGAACCCGCUACCCCCCGACACAGGAAGGCUGAAGAGGACAUGCUCUCUCAGUACAUGGAUGAUGACCCGAGAGAGGGUAAGCGAGGAGCUCCUCUGUGUAUACUCAGUGUAGCAGCAAGACCACAACUCAAAAGUCACGUAACAAUCAUGUGUAGCCUCAUUGGUGGUGUUAUGGCGUUUUAGAGACAAUUGCGAGGAAUAUUAACAUAUUCACAUUGCCCAAUAUUGUGUCAUCACUGUACAAUUUCUCUUGUUGAUAUACAGUACGUGUAGUACAUAUUGUUAGCUUGACUGAAAGUCACAGAACCUGUACCUCCAGGUAUCAUGUACCACCAUGACCUCCUUGUAACUUCCUCUCUCUACGCCAUUUCUCUCCUCCAACCCCAGUGGAGAUGCCUCCUCCAGCUGACAGUAGCAGCCACAGAAGGCAGAGUGCUGCAGCACUGGAGCCCUGGGUCUCAGCCCCAAACCAGUCUACUACUGCAGCCGGGGGUGGGGCCGGUUCUGACUCCACCCUGCAGGAGGCCAGCGAGGCGGGCCUGUUUGCGGGAAAACACUUCCUCCUGGUGGGCUUCGAGGCUGAGAUGGAGGCCCAGCACUCCAUGCUGGUGACGGAGAACUGUGGGAAGGUGCUGGUGCAGCACACACGGGCGGUGGCCGACUACGCUGUGGUGCCCCUGCUGGGCUGUGUGGUGGAGGCCACUGUGGACGAGGUGGUCACUGAUACCUGGCUGGUAAGAGAGGGGAUUUUUACAAACAUUCUGGCUCCUAGUUCAUGUUAUUGUUGUCUGUUUUUAGUGUGGUGGUAGUGGGUUCUUUUGGCCAAGUGUGCAAGUAUCAAAUGUGUGUGCUAGUCUUCGUUAAGCCAUAUUGUAUGAGCAUUUAUCAAUGUGUUAUUGUGUCUUUUGUGUAGGCCAUGUGUGUGGAGCAGCAGUGUGUGUUAGAGCUGGGCUCCCACCCCCUUUUCAGUCCUGUGCCAGUGAUGGAGGGCUGCUCCCCGCUCAGAGACUGUGUCCUCUCAGUCAGCCAGUUCACCGGGGCGGAGAGGGAGUCCCUGGUAGAGCUGGCCAAACACCUGGGAGCCAGGUAACCAUCUAACUACUGCACAUACACACACACACAUACAUACUUGUAGAAAAGACUUGAUGGGGACGCGUAUCGGGGACACAUGUCAAGGACAUUCGUUGUGGGAACGCCACUUUCCAGAAGUCCCACAAAUUUAGGGGGAAAAUCAGGCAUGUUCAACUAUAGUUUGUUAAAGGUGCAGUGAAACACGUUAUUUCCCUUUGUUUCAUAUACAGUAUAUUUCCACACUAUAAGGUUUGUAAUAAUAUAGUGAAAAUGAUGAUAAUGUCCUUUAGUGUAAAAGCUGUUUUGAAAAGACCGCUUUCAAUUUCAGACUGUUUUGGUGGGAUGGAGUUUUGAUCUUCCAUGAUGACAUCACCAUGCAGGAAAUGUGUUAUUAGACCCAAUAAGAGAGUUCCAAACCUCUCUUCCAAUAACAGCACAUUUUCAGUUUAUCUCCCCACUCAGACCACUCCCAGACACUCCUAGCAACAUUUUUGCUUGAGAAAUUGCCCUUUGCUAAUAAGCUAUUUUUGUUAAUUUUUUACCAUUUUUAUUGAAAACAAUAACAGUAAGGUAAUUAUUUGUUACCCAGAAAUUUUAGAAUAAGGCUAUAAUGUAAGAAAAUGUGGAAAAGCUCAAGGGGUGUGAAUACUUUCCGAAGGCUCUGUAUGUGGCAUAUUUGUGCAUACUUUCUCUUAUCUUACUACCUUCGCUCCUUUCCUCUCCAUCUAUCCAUCCUCCCUACAGUGUCCAGGACUACUUUGUGCGCAUGGCCAACCAGAGGAAGGGCAUGCUGGCCAGUACCCACCUAGUGCUGCAGAUCCCCGAGGGCACCAAGUACCAGGCGUCCCAGAAGUGGGGGCUGCCUGCCGUCACCCUGCUCUGGGUGCUGGAUUCUGCCAGGACGGGCCGGAGGGCAGAGGAGGGUCGCUACCUGGUGAACUUGCCUCCUACUCCAGGUCAAUCUGCCUAGCAAAUAAGUGAAUUGAAAACCAUAUUUUCCUUUUUCAAAAACUUGCGCAGCAGUGGUGGUUGAAUGACAUUUAAGCAACAGUUUUUGAUACUUCUGGGCUGUUGAAACCUUAACAUUUUGUUUAUUGAGAGAAGAUGAGUUUUGUACAAACAGGGUAUGCUCUAUUGUAUGUGAUAGAUUUAAUCUGAAUCAGUGUAUUUCCUUAUCUGUUCCCUAGAGAGAGAAGACGAGAGUUUUGUGGGGGGCUCCCAGAAGCCGUCCAUGCUCCCUCCCCCGUCCCGUAUCAAGUCCCCAGAGAUCCCCCUGCUGGGCCCCCAGAGGGGGGCGGCCGUCACCCCCCUGGACAUGGGCCGCUUCCAGAGUAAAGUGUUCCGCUCCGUGCUGGAACAAGGCCCGCCAGAAAAGGACUGUACCACCCCGAGAGGCCAGGAGGGGGGCAGGAAAUCAGGGGGGCAGAAAGACUCCUCGGCGCUGCAGGUGGACACCCCCUCCCGCUUCCUUUGUCGAGACCAGCUCUUCAGACCCACCUUCAACGUCAAGGUUAAACUCACUUGUCUGUAUUUCGAGAGAAUGUAGUGCAAAAAUACUCAUUGACGGAAUAGUGUUGAGCAUUAAAUUAUAACACACUUUGAAAGUAUGUACUUGUAUAUGACAUUCCAGGAUGCGUUAGCGGUGUUGGACACGCCAGGGGGCAGGACUCAGCAGGGUCAGACCACGACCCCGCUGUCAGAGGUCAUCGGGAGGAACCUGAAGGUGGCCCUGGCCAACAGCACCCGCAGUCACACCCCUGACCUCCAGGCUCUAACAGCUAGCCCCCAGCUCAGCAAGGAGACACACAGAGAGGUACGGUUACUGUUUAUUGUCUAUCCUGUUGCCUAGUCACUUUAUCCCUACCUAUAUGUACCCCUGCACAUCAAUUCGGUACUGGUCUCCCGUGUAUAUAGCCAAGUUAUCGUUACUCAUUGUGUAAUUAUUCCUCGUUAUUAUAAUAAUUUUUUUCUCUCUGCGUUGUUGGGAAGGGUCCUUAAGUAAGCAUUUCACUGUUAGUCUACACAUGUUGUUUACCAAUCAAAUUUGAGUACAGUACAAUACACACACAUCCACACACUACAGCCUUCACGGCCAAGUACAUGCACUCACAAGCCCAGUAACAGUUUCUUAUAUGGCAGUGGUGUAUCUUUGUGUGUGUGCUGGUAGGUGGAGGAGAAGGAAGCUGCUCCCCUUGCUGGCGUGGUGAUCUGUGUGAGUAAGAAACUUAGUAAGAAGCAGGGAGAGCUCAACGCCAUCGCUGCCUCACUGGGAGCUGACUUCAGGUACUCAACAAUACGUGCUCUCAGCUACGUCUCCAAUGGUACUAAUGCCAGUAACAGCACUUGCCAUUAAUGAUUGAUGUCCCUCUAUAAUCCAAUACGAUGUGUUCUAGGUGGUCGUGUGACGACACGGUGACUCACUACAUCUACCAGGGUCGUGUGGGGGACAACACGCGGGAGUACAGGGCUGUGAAGGAGAGAGGGGUGCAUGUGGUGUCCCAGCACUGGCUGCAUGCGGUACGGAUGGUUUCCAGUACACGCAUACACACACACACACAUACGUAGUUGUGGGACAUGUACAUGUGUCAGUACACACACACGUACUACAUAAAGUAAACGACAGGCUCCAUUCUUAUCAGACUGAACACAGUCACAAAAGUGUUGUGGAAGUUUGUGGAAGUGUGUGUGUGUGUGUGCGUGCGAUACUGAAUCUUUGCUGUUGUCUCUCCAGUGUGCUGAGGAUCAGAGGCACGUGUCUGAGUCUCUCUAUCCAUUCACCUACAACCCCAAGAUGAGCCUGAACCUCAGCCAGGUGCCUCCUGACAGUAGCCAGAGGUCUCCCCCUGCCACCCGUACCUCACAACUUGGAGACCUCACUGAGGCCCAAAAGAACAAGGUAUGUUUGUCCUGAGAAGAAACAGUUCAUCCCUAGAUCUGCUCAAAUGAAAAUUGUGCAUUGAGGAGGACUGUCACAUAAAGCGCCACACAUAACCAUUAUUUCUUAAAAAUGUAAAGAAAACUGCUUCAGCAUGCAUUAGCCCACUUGGUUGUUCUCCAUCUCCACAAAAUAAUUGGUUAUUAUGUACAAGAUUGGCUGUUUAUGAUAUAGGUCAAACAACCUGUCUCACCCUCUCUCCCUCAGCCUGAAGACACCACUACAUCCCACCGCAUCAGUGAAGGAGAGACUGACACAGAGCAGGGCCAGGACAAUACAGAGAGGAGAGGUGGGCUCUUAUACACUGAUGAUCCACUGAUCUGCCCUGCUGUGCCUUAGCUCAAGUGCAUUGUAUUGAAACAUUCCGGGUCCAUACUUAGGAACUCUUGCUUAGACCACAGGUUUAGACUUCAGGUCCUUACACCUUGGAUUGAGUGCUGUGGCGAUCUUCAGCCAUGUGAGGUUGGUGUUUUCCUUUGCGUUUCUCCAGGUCUGUUGUGAAUGUCAGCUUCAUCAUCGGAGCUCUCCAUCACCCAAAGGAGAUUACACAAAGCAGGCAACACCACUGAGCAGGAAAUGUACUUCUCUCCUCCCAGAAGUUCAGUCAAGUACCUGCAGUGAAAGAUAAUUCAAAAUCACUUCAGUCAAUUGUGAGAGACUUGUUAUACACUCUCACUCACUCACUCACUCACUCACUCACUCACUCACUCACUCACACACUCGCUCUCUCACACGUACACACACACAAACAAUAUCUUAUUCUAACACUAAUAGUGAGAUAAAGAAUAUUACCUGCAGGGCUCCAGUACUGCCUCCAGUUUCUCCAGUUCAGCUGUGGUUGGCAUGGUGAUGUUAGUUUUCUGUUGGGCCAGAGCAUCUCUGUGGUUUUUGGUUUCUAUGGACAGGCUUUACCAUUUCCAGAGUGGAAUUCCAUCUUGUGCGAGUGACUCCUUCUUUAGCCCAUUUGCAACUUGCUGUUGUCCGAGCUCUGCAGCGUUUGCUGGGCUGUGUUUGAAAUUGUCAAUUUUUUGGGGGCCAUUUGGCUAGGGCAUUGUCGAACCCACGGUUCUGUAGGGACACUGUGAUGGACCUUUGGAGGCAGACGUCUCGCAGCUGCAAUCAUGAUCCGUGCAGUGUGCAAACUGUGGUAACUUUGUUUUCAAUGUUCCACUGCUUUGCUAGAUCCAUGAAAUGUUCGGCGCACAUUUCAGCAUAGUGCCUCUCUUCUGUCUUCAUUACGGCCAGAGCGUGUGAAUGCAUUUUCCAGUUUUCAUCGAAGUGGUGCGAAUUAACCCCAAGGUAGUUGUGGUUACUGACCUAAGUCCAGUGGUCUCCCGUAAGAGCAACAGCCGUUGCAUGUUUCAACUCCUCCGCUUUCGUAGCCCUCUCGCUUUCAUACAGCUCGUGUAUUCUUGUAAUGACGGUGGCACUCGAGGGUAACUCAUACUUUGAGUCGUUCGAUGCUAUCCGAAUAAUAUCCUUCAAGCCUUCGUCCUCCACUUUGUCCUCCACAAUGUGGACUGGCCUGCAACCUGUAGCUAUCCACUUGGCUAUUGCUUGUGUUAGCUUGCUGCUCGUCGACUUGUCCAUAGGCCUCCCGCUCGCGCACUCUUCUGAAGAUGUCCUCCAUUGCUACUACUAACGUUACUUGUAUUGCCGGCGUCAAUAGUAUGUUUCACUUGUAAAUGAUAACGAAGUGAUAAACAAAUUCAGCCUUGCAGUAGAUGCAAAUUACUUUUCCAUCUGGGAGUGAUUUGAAAUUGAAUUUGCCAUUUAAAAGCCCCUUACUAGCAUUCUCCAUCAUUCAGUCAUACAAGUAGCUACAGUGGCUUCCGAAAGUAUUCACCCCCCUUGGCAUUUUUCCUUUUUUUUUUUCUUUUUUUCUGGGGGUAGAUCAGCUUAAUAUUGCAGAUAGAUUGUAACUUCUAUCAAUGUAAUUGUCUGCAUCACUUCCAUUUUUCCUGUUUUGUUGCCUUACAACCUGGAAUUAAAAUGGAUUUUUUUGGGGGGUUUGUAACAUUUGAUAUUGUGAAACAAACAAGAAAUAAGACACAAAAACAGAACUUGAGCGUCCAUAACUAUUCACCCCCCCCCCCCCCCCCCGAAGUCAAUACUUUGUAGAGCCACCUUUUGCAGCAAUUACAGCUGCAAGUCUUUUGGGGUAUGUCUCUAUAAGCUUGGCACAUCUAGCCACUGGGAUUUUUGCCCAUUCUUCAAGGCAAAACUGCUCCAGUUCCUUCAAGUUGGAUGGGUUCCGCUGGUGUACAGCUAUCUUUAAGUCAUACCACAGAUUCUCAAUUGGAUUGAGGUCUGGGCUUUGACUAGGCCAUUCCAAGACAUUUAAAUGUUUCCCCUUAAACCACUCGAGUGUUGCUUUAGCAGUAUGCUGAGGAUCAUUGUCCUGCUGGAAGGUGAACCUCCGUCCCAGUCUCAAAUCUCUGGAAGACUGAAACAGGUUUCCCUCAAGAAUUUCCCUGUAUUCAGCGCCAUUCCUUCAAUUCUGACCAGUUUCCCAGUCUCUGCCGAUAAAAAACAUUUUGUGGGGAUGGUGUUCUCGGGGUGAUGAGAAGUGUUGGGUUUGCGCCAGACAUAGCGUUUUCCUUGAUGGCCAAAAAGCUCACUUUUAGUCUCAUCUGACCAGAUUACCUUCUUCCAUAUGUUUGGGGAGUCUCCCACAUGCCUUUUGGCGGACACCAAACGUGUUUGCUUAUUUUUUUCUUUAAGCAAUGGCUUUUUUCUGCCCACUCUUCUGUAAAGCCCAGCUCUGUGGAGUGUACAGCUUAAAGUGGUCCUAAUGACAGAUACUCCAAUCUCCGCUGUGGAGCUUUGCAGCUCCUUAAGGGUUAUCUUUGGUCUCUUUGUUGCCUCUCUGAUUAAUGCCCUCCUUGCCUGGUCCGUGAGUUUUGGUGGGCGGCCCUCUCUUGGCAGGGUUGUUGUGGUGCCAUAUUCUUUCCAUUUUUUAAAAUAAUGGAUUUAAUGGUUGCUCCAUGGGAUGUUCAAAGUUUCUGAUAUUUUGUUAUAACCCAACCCUGUUCUGUUCUUCUCCAUAACUUUGUCCCUUACCUGUUUGGAGAGCUCCUUGGUCUUCAUGGUGCACCAGAUGUUGCACCAGAUCUUAUUUAGGGGCUUCAUAGCAAAGGGGGUGAAUACAUAUGCACACACCACUUUUCCGUUAUUUAUUUAAUUUCACUUCACCAAUUUGGACUAUUUUGUGGAUGUCCAUUACAUGAAAUCCAAAUAAAAAUCCAUUUUAAUUAUAGGUUGUAAUGCAACAAAAUAGGAAAAACACCAAGGGGGAUGAAUACUUUUGCAUGGCACUGUACCUAGUAAAGUGGUUGUCAAACUAGCGCAUCGGCUGCCAGGGCUUGAAUUUGAACUAUGGAUGGUUCAGGGGGUCAAACUAAGAAAAUGUUUUAAUGGCGUCAAAAACAUUUACGCCAUAAACCAUCUAAACAACUUUGACAGCCCUAUAUGUUUCUAUUCGUUUAUCGUAUAAAAAAAAUAUAUAAAUAUGAAGGUCAUGGUCUUAUCAAAUAGCAGUCAUUUAUCCUCCACUGCUAUCACUGCCAGGCGGCGUCCUCCAUUGAGGUGGUAAGUGUGGGUUCGAGUCGAAGUAGGACAUUAUAAUAAUGCAUAUAAAAUGUUGUACAUUUUAAAUGUGCACGUCUAUGUAAUAUAAUAUAUACGGUAACUGCCAAAAUAAAGGAAACACCAUCAUGGUGUCUUAAUAGGGCGUUGGGGCCACCACGAGCCAGAACAGCUUCAAUGCACUUUGGCAUAGAGCACCAGUGUCUGGAACUCUAUUGGAGGGUUGCAAAAUCCACGAGAAAUUCCAUAAUUUGGUGUUGUGCUGAUGGUGGUGGAAAACGCUGCAUCAGGCCCCGGUCCAGAAUCUCCCAGAAGUGUUCGAUUGGGUUGAGAUCUGGUGACUGAGACGGCCAUGCCAUGUGGAUUACAUCGUUUUCAUGCUCAUCAAACCAGUGACCACUCGUGCCCUGUGGAUGGGGGCAUUGUCAUCCUAUGGGGGCAUAGCCAUGGUAGCCAAAAUAAUGGCCUGCCCAGCAUGUUUAUACAGGAUCCUAAGCAAAAUGGAUGUUAAUUGCUUAAUUAACUCAGGAACCACACCUGUGUGGAAGCACCUGCUUUCAAUAUACUUUGUAUCCCUCAUUAACUCAAGUGUUUCCAUUAUUUUAGGAGGUGCCUGUAUAUAUGAUUAUUAACCCUUUACACUCAUACCUGUAUAUGGGUUGAAUUUGGCAUAUUUGGGCACUGAUAAACGGCUAAAUUGGAAUGCAGUGGCUGUACAGCAACAUGCUAUACAUGACGUCAGAGCUCUGGCUCUGAGCACCUCGCGCGACAAGAAGUUGCCCCCAUCCCUCCUGUUAAUUGGGCAACUUUUGAAAAAAUGUGUUGUCUGAGUGAGGGAAAUGCUGUACAUUAAGAUGACUCUAUGUAUUUUGAAAAAUGAGACAUUGAGGAUUAUAGUAAAUACCUCUUUGAUGUCAUACAAGCAAGCCAAACACCCGUGAGUCCAAAUGUGCACUUCACAUUUCCAUAUCAUAAAACUCAUGUUUGAUGUCCAGUUAGAAGAUGACAUGUGGUCAUACCCUGGGUUGUUCUGAACAGAAUGAGCCUAUGUUUGUCUUUUAUGAAGACAAUUUGCAGCAGCACACGCACCUGAAUGCACUCGUGACUCCUUUCUAUGCGGACCAAAAUUAUCCCUGAAUUGCAUUGUGAAAGCCUAACACUAAUAUCCUAUUUUAGAACUUAGCUAGGCAUGUUGGCAAUAUGUCAAAAUAUGUCCUUUUAGAAACGACAAAGCUCUCUGUAUAGUGAUGCAGGUCUUUAGAUGUUGUACACAUGAAAUUGUGUAAUUCCGAACUUUAUCCGCAAGGUUAUAUUCCAUUUUGUUGGACUCAAGCGAUACUUUUCUGUGUGCGUGCAUGCUCGUGCUUUCUCGUUCCCAUUGUGGUGAUAGGAGAAAGCAUGCGCAUGCUCACACAUGGAAAUUUAUGCUUUGCCAUUUCUAAAAUAACAUAUUUGUUGUUGUUUUCUGCAUUUGGUCAUGUUUAUCCGUGGUCCCCAUACUGCAGAACGAGCAAUGAGGAAGUCUAUUGCUGGUGGGGUAAGUUUCUCAAAACCAAGUGAAAUCAUUAAAGUGGUCCUCUGUAGCUCAAUUGAUAGAGCAUGGUGCUUGUAACGCCAGGGUAGUGGGUUCAAUCCCCGGGACCACCCAUACCUAAAAAUGUAUGCACACAUGACUGUAAGUCGCUUUGGAUAAAAGCGUCUGCUAAAUGGCAUAUUAUUAUUAUAUUAUUAAAGUGUCUGGACAUUUCUAUAACAUGCCAUUUACAUAAAACAUUUAGAUUUGGUAAAAUCUUGUCCUUUAAGGACGCUUUCAUGAAAAAAAGUGUUCGAUUACAUUCGACCCAUGGGUUGAUUUGUUAUUUGUUCCCAUAAAUAUAAGUGACUCGUGGUAGCAAGGCGGCUAAUUGUGACGUCUUUCCCAAUGGGAAAAGCUAACAGCUAGCAUAAUUGCUCUAAAGGGUUUAAACCUGUGGUCUAAGCAAGAGAUCGUAAAUAUGGACCCUCCUGGUUCAUACAGAAUUUGAGGCUGUUGGUCGAUUUUUAAAAAGGUACAUUUGCACUUAUCAGGAGUCAACUGAAUAUCCCAUGGGUGCAGGUCCCCAAAACACACACACACAUACCACAUUAUUUCAUUCCUCUCAUCCUCUGACCGUCUCUGUCUCCCAGACCUGUCUGAAACCCUGGAGAUGAGGAAGAACCUCCAGAGGCAAUUGCAGGAGAUCAUGUCAGCCACCAAGAUGGCUACUGGCCGGCGCUCCUCGGCCCGCCUCACCCGCCUGUGCUCCGGGGGUUCCGACUCUCAACCCCACACCCCCGACAGGCAGGCCCGCAUGGGCCGCAACGCAACCGGCCGACGUACCCUGGAGGCACUGAGGUAGAAGACGCAGACAGACCAGGGGGCUGGGAAAUAUCUAAAUAACCUUCACUAUUCAGUCUCCCUCUGCCAAUGACCAGAUCUGUAUCCAGGGAAACAUCCCAUUGUUUGGUUUUGAAAUUCCUCCACACUACAAAUGUUCAGAUUUUACUUGAGACUUGAGUUGAAUUUGUGUUGUAAGUUUGUUGGAUGUUUACAAUGUAAAUCUCAUUGCCAUGUAAAUAAGGCCAUGUACAUUGUAUCUUCAGAGUGUGAAUAGGGCUUAACUCCAAUCUCCCUCCUCUGGUGUUACUCAGGAUGUCUCGUCAGGCAGCCAUGGACCUGAACACAGAGCCGUCUCAGAGUGAGCAGAUCGUGUGGGAUGACCCCACGGCCCGGGAGGAGAGGGCCAAGCUGGCUGACAACCUGCAGUGGCCCGGCAGCCCCUCCCAGCACUCUGAACCCCUUGCUGUACCCCUAGCAGCAUCCCUCUCCCACUCUGACCACGCCGGAAACACCCUCAGGGACUCUAUGACCGACUCUGAGCUGGUGGAAAUGGGUGAGAACAUUUUUUAA